AGCACAAAUUCGUUUGCUCUUCUCUUGCGGAAGGGCCGUCAUCCCGGAAGCGCGUGUUUAUUUGUUGAAACUUUAUUAAGAACAGACAAAUCUUUACCAGUAUCUAGCAAUAAAGGUUCGGCUCGGGUUCUAAAUUAGUAUGAGUAUCAAUAUAUGCUUAAAGGGUUGCAGUGUCGACAUUUCACUGUAAAGAGACAUUUGCUUUGCUAGCGAGAAGUAAACAGUCACCUAACGCUAGCUUGCCAGCUACAGUAUGUCCAGCGAGGCAGUCCUAACUGUUCGCUUGGUAAGGUCUUUUGAGCACCGAAAUUUCAAGCCAGUUGUAUUUAGUGGCGUGAAUUUAGAUCAAACGGUCCAGGAAUUUAUCCAGUUUGUGAAAAAUGAAGUUACCAUGAGAGCCGGUUUACCACCCCCCUUCAAGAAUUUUGGCUACGACACAAUGAAGAUCAUCCACCAGGCACAUGGAGCAAAGACGAAUGAGUUGGUGAUGAGUUUGGAGGAUGAUGACAAGCUUAUUCUGCAAGAUGGACUAACCCUAAGAGAUGCGGGCAUUGCAAAUGAAACAGAAUUGGCCUUCUUCAGGAAAGAGGAUUAUAAGCUCUUUAAAGCCAACCCCAACCGGCCUGGUGGUAAGGGUGUUUACGGCCUUCAUCCCCCACUUCACCACGGAAGAGAGGAUUCUGAUCUGACAUGGAGGAUACACAUGGAUGGAAGAUUGGGGGGGGGUGACAUGUGCCUUCAGACCUAAGUUUGAGUAUUUUAAUUUAACAUGCCAUUUUUAUAUAUAAAACAUGUUUUUGCCUCUCCACUGAAAUGCACUUUCCAUUUAUUUGGUGGUGUUGAUUAUGGUUGUACAUGGAUUUUCUUUGUACUUACUAGUUUCCUGUAAGACCUGUUUUUUAUUACUGUAAACAUGAUUCCAAAUUAAAUCACUGGUUUGAAAUGAUUCAUCUAAAAAGCUUUAUUGCAUAAGUACAGUGAAGUAUUUCCAGGGCCUGCUACCAUUAUAACCUAUUCAGCUGUCAGAUGUGGGCAUUAACAAGCAAGAACUGAGAUGGAAAGAUAAUGGUGGAGAAAUGUCAAGAGGAGUUAUUUUCAUAUAGAGGGAGUGGAUUCUAUACGUAAUGCAAAGAUGGGAGAACUAUAAGGCAAAUAGGAGUUGUUCAUGUACAUACAAGGAGUGACUAUAUGUGCAAUGUAAAGACGGGAAAAAAUAUAAAGUCAGAACUCUGUGAUUAGAGAAUUUAGUAUUUUCCAUGGAAAGGCUCGGCUCUGUUGCAUUUGUAAUAAAGUCUAAAUUGAAUUCACAA